UGGGUCCGCUUUUGCCGGAAGUGGCUGCUGGCGGAGAGGGCCGGCUCCUGGGCGCGCGCGAGCGAGCGAGCGAGCGAGCGAGGGCGGCUUCCUGGCCGAGAAGGGGCUGCGAGGGGCUGCCGGACAGACGCUCCCGUCCCUUCUUCCCCUCAUCACUCUCACGCCAGGCCCGGCCUUUCCCUCCGAGGGAGGCGAAGAUGCUGCCUUUAUCCAUCAAGGACGAUGAGUACAAGCCGCCCCGGCUCAACCUGCUCCGCAAGGUCUCCGGGUGGUUCAGGUCAAUCCUAUCGGACAAGACGUCCCGAAACCUCUUCUUCUUCCUUUGCCUCAACCUCUCCUUUGCUUUCGUUGAGCUGCUGUAUGGCAUCUGGAGCAACAGUUUAGGUUUAAUAUCAGAUUCAUUUCACAUGUUUUUUGACUGUACAGCUCUGUUAGCUGGACUGGCAGCAUCUGUCAUUUCAAAGUGGAGAUCAAAUGAUGCUUUUUCCUAUGGGUAUGUUCGAGCAGAGGUGCUAGCUGGUUUUGUAAAUGGUCUGUUUCUGAUCUUCACAGCUUUCUUCAUUUUCUCUGAAGGUGUUGAGCGUGCGCUUGAGCCUCCAGAUGUGCAUCAUGAAAGACUCCUUCCAGUUUCUAUCCUUGGUUUCCUUGUAAAUCUUGUAGGAAUUUUUGUGUUUCAACAUGGUGGACAUGGCCACUCCCAUGGCUCUGGACAUGAACAUAGCCAUUCAUUGUUUAAUGGUGCUUUAAGCCAUGGUCACAGUCAUGGAGGUCAUGGUCAUAGUCAUGAUUCCAAGCACGGGCAUGGUCAUGGACAUUCUCAUAGUCACAGCCAUGGGCAUGGGCAGAGUGAAGAUUACUGUCAUGAUGAUCAACCCAUUGAAUUGUCUGGUGGAUCCAGCAAGCAAAUUCUAGAAGGUGUAUUUUUGCACAUUGUUGCUGACACACUUGGAAGUGUUGGUGUUAUCAUAUCUGCACUAUUGAUGCAGAACUAUGGUUUAAUGAUAGCGGACCCUAUCUGUUCAAUGCUGAUUGCUCUUCUUAUAGGAGUAAGUGUUGUUCCACUUCUGAGAGAAUCCAUUGGGAUUUUGAUGCAACGAACUCCUCCCUCCUUGGAAGGGGCUCUGCCUCAGUGCUAUCAAAGGGUUCAGCAAUUGCAAGGAGUUUACAGUUUAAAUGAUCCCCAUUUCUGGACCCUCUGUACUGAUGUUUACAUAGGGACUCUGAAACUGUUUGUAGCUCCAGAUGCUGAUGCAAAGUGGAUUCUGAGCCAAACUCACAAUAUUUUUACUCAGGCUGGAGUGAGACAACUAUACGUACAAAUUGAUUUUGCCGCUAUGUAGCGAAUAUCUUGGACGUUUCCUUUGGACCAAAGUUUUUUUUUAGUGCUGUUAUGAUUCAAAACAUUGUACCUUCUUCGAAACAGAGACCCUUUUCUCUCUGCAGCUGUCCAAAAAUGGAAUACACUGCUGCCUUUCGGCUAGAUGUGGAGAAGGGCACCGUCCUGGACUAGUUGGGCUUGACUUUCAGCCCCAAAUUUUUGUGGAUUAUUUGCCGCGUUUGUUCCUGCAGCAAACGUAAUAAUAAUGUGGUACUGCGAUCAUUGGUUAUGCUUUUCGUGAAGCUCCUGAAGUUACUGCUCAUUCCCAUGAAGCCAGUGUUACACAAGGGGAGGGGGGGUUGUGCGCGGAUAAAAACAAAACUUAAUUCUGUUUAUAAUGUCACAGUGCUUUGACAUUCAACAACGUAACUGUAUCUAAGACUGUUUGUACUUUGCAAACUUUAUGAACCAAACCAUAUUGGGUUUUCAGAGUGCCUUUAUAUCAAAAUAUCUGUCAGCACAGAUAUGAAACAUUGGGUUUUUUAAUUAACGUUCAUGGUUACUACUUGUCUCCAGGAGGAUUCUUGCUUUGUGGAUGGUGUAAUGGUGUAUGUUGGAUACCCUUUUAAUGAUUACAUUUUGAACUUCUGUGGAGGCGAUACUUCAAUUUUACAAUACAGAGGAAAAUCAUCACACAA